AUGCCGCCGCCCUCAUCACCGACGCAAGCCGCGCCGUUCGCGGCCGUCUUCCACAACUUCCAAGAGCUGAGCCUCGCGCUGCUGCGGUACGACACGGCCGAGUUUGGGCCGCUGAACGGGCGCUGGGCGAUCCACUGCCAGGGCGAAGUGCUCGCCGUCGCGGACCCGCGAUACUCUGCCGAGCUGGACCGCGUGGGGCUCGGCCGCCCAGGCCCGCACGAGGGCGUGCUUAAAGAAACGCGCAGCUACCAUAACCCGCACGGCUUCAUCUCCAUCGGGCCGUGCGAGGCCCGGUGCCGCGAGCAGCACGCGCACCACGCCAACUCCGACGUCCUGUGCGCCGUCUACUCCGGCUGCGAGGGAUGCUGCCACCGCGACAUUCUGGCGCGUAAAUCCCUCGAGGGCCGCAGCUCGCUCGAAGGACGAAGCAGCGAAGAGGAACACGACCGCGCCCGCACUUGGCUACUGUGA